UUGCUCAGUGUGCUUUGGAACUAAACUCUGUCCUCCUGCAAACCGUCAUCAUGGUCGACGCCUUCUGUGCCACCUGGAAACUGGUCGACAGCGACAACUUCGACGAGUACAUGAAGGCGCUCGGGGUGGGCUUCGCCACCAGGCAGGUGGGAAACGUGACCAAACCGACCGUCAUCAUCAGCCAGGAGGACGACAAGGUGGUGAUCCGCACCCAGAGCACCUUCAAAAACACAGAGAUCYCCUUCAAACUGGGAGAGGAGUUCGACGAGACCACCGCUGACGACAGGAACUGCAAAUCCACGGUGACUCUGGACGGGGACAAGUUGGUCCACGUUCAGAAGUGGGACGGCAAAGAGACCAAGUUUGUCCGAGAGAUCAAGGACGGCAAAAUGAUCAUG